AUGACAUCAUUUAACGAAAGACAAAAAAAUUUGUUUAACCAUCUAAAAGAUGCAGAAGAACAAUAUAAUUUCUCCAAAUUUACCAAAUGUACAUCACAACCCGACUAUGGAGUAAUUGACAAAAAGACAUAUAAAAAAGUCAAACAUGAAAUGAAACAAUUUCGUGGACGAGAGAGUAUAUUUAAACGUCCUGAAGCUAAUAUGCGUGAAUGUUUACGAUCCAAAUCUGUACCUGAUUAUAUUAAAAAUCCGAAAAAAUGGAAGUAUUACUCUUUAUCAGAUGUAACUCCAGAACAGAUGUCUGAUAAAAGCAAUACACAAACAGCUUUAGCAUUCAUACGUGAAAUGGAGGAAAGAGAGAUUAACCAAGAUGAUGAUGAAGUUAUUGAUGAAACAGGUGCAAUUUUCAAAAAACCGGUAUUUAAAAUAUCAAAAACAAUUAAAGAUGUUAACAAAGAAGAACAGCAACCUGUUUUUAAAAGUAAUAAAAUUAUUAUGCCAGAAUAUGUAGUAGGAGUAUCGGGAAAAAAAGGUACAAGCAUAAGGAACACUAUUAAGCAAGACAAAAAUACAGAAGAUGUUAAAAAAGCAGAACUUAAACUUAAUCAUCUAUAUGAAAUUGAAGAUGAAGAAUCUACUUACAUUAAU